UUAAUGAUUUUACUCAGUCUGCUGGAGGAUCUACAUGCCCAGAGAAUAAUGAAUCUGUUGAUGCAUCAAAUGUAGAAUGUAUUUCGAUAAAUGAUUUUACUCAGUCUGCUGGAGGAUCUACAUGCCCAGAGAAUAAUGAAUCUGUUGAUGCAUCAAAUGUAGAAUGUAUUUCGAUAAAUGAUUUUACUCAGUCUGCUGGAGGAUCUACAUGCCCAGAGAAUAAUGAAUCUGUUGAUGCAUCAAAUGUAGAAUGUAUUUCAAUAAAUGAUUUUACUCGGUCUGCUGGAGGAUCUACAUACCCAGAGAAUAAUGAAUCUGUUGAUGCAUCAAAUGUAGAAUGUAUUUCAAUAAAUGAUUUUACUCAGUCUGCUGGAGGAUCUACAUGCCCAGAGAAUAAUGAAUCUGUUGAUGCAUCAAAUGUAGAAUGUAUUUCGAUAAAUGAUUUUACUCAGUCUGCUGGAGGAUCUACAUGCCCAGAGAAUAAUGAAUCUGUUGAUGCAUCAAAUGUAGAAUGUAUUUCGAUAAAUGAUUUUACUCAGUCUGCUGGAGGAUCUACAUGCCCAGAGAAUAAUGAAUCUGUUGAUGCAUCAAAUGUAGAAUGUAUUUCAAUAAAUGAUUUUACUCGGUCUGCUGGAGUAUCUACAUGCCCAGAGAAUAAUGAAUCUGUUGAUGCACCAAAUGUAGAAUCUAUUUCAAUAAAUGAUUUUACUCAGUCUGCUGGAGGAUCUACAUGCCCAGAGAAUAAUGAAUCUGUUGAUGCAUCAAAUGUAGAAUGUAUUUCGAUAAAUGAUUUUACUCAGUCUGCUGGAGGAUCUACAUGCCCAGAGAAUAAUGAAUCUGUUGAUGCAUCAAAUGUAGAAUGUAUUUCGAUAAAUGAUUUUACUCAGUCUGCUGGAGGAUCUACAUGCCCAGAGAAUAAUGAAUCUGUUGAUGCAUCAAAUGUAGAAUGUAUUUCGAUAAAUGAUUUUACUCAGUCUGCUGGAGGAUCUACAUGCCCAGAGAAUAAUGAAUCUGUUGAUGCAUCAAAUGUAGAAUGUAUUUCAAUAAAUGAUUUUACUCGGUCUGCUGGAGGAUCUACAUACCCAGAGAAUAAUGAAUCUGUUGAUGCAUCAAAUGUAGAAUGUAUUUCAAUAAAUGAUUUUACUCAGUCUGCUGGAGGAUCUACAUGCCCAGAGAAUAAUGAAUCUGUUGAUGCAUCAAAUGUAGAAUGUAUUUCAAUAAAUGAUUUUACUCGGUCUGCUGGAGGAUCUACAUACCCAGAGAAUAAUGAAUCUGUUGAUGCAUCAAAUGUAGAAUGUAUUUCAAUAAAUGAUUUUACUCAGUCUGCUGGAGGAUCUACAUGCCCAGAGAAUAAUGAAUCUGUUGAUGCAUCAAAUGUAGAAUAUAUUUCAAUAAAUGAUUUUACUCAGUCUGCUGGAGGAUCUACAUAUAUAGAAGUCAAUAAAUAUGCAAAUGAUCCAGCUUUGAUUCCUCAAUUUGUGUCAAGUUCAUUAUUAAGUUAUCUUGUUGACUUAGGACCUUGUCAGCCGUUACCCAAUGAAUUAAUUGGUAAUAUUUUUCCUGUUAAGACAGACUCUAUGGGUAGAAGCCGUUCUUUCCACGAAUCAUAUUAUUAUAUUAAAGAAACUGUAAAUCAAUUACCAACAAAAAGAUUAUGGCUUUCCUACUCUCCUUCUUCUGACCGCAUAUAUUGUUAUUCUUGCAAGUUAUUCGGAUUUACUAAAGCCAAAAAAUCAGUCAUGGCCAAUGGAUCAAAUGAUUGGACAAAUCUCAAUAGAAAUAUAAAGAAUCAUGAAUGCAGCACUGAACAUUUAGAAUCUGAAGUUAGUCGGGGAUUGUACCAAAAAAAUUAUAGAAUUGAUUUGCAUAUAAUGGAAAAUGCAAAUAGAAAUGUUGCUGAGAAUCGAGAAGUUCUUCGUGUCAUCAUUGAAAUUAUAAUAUUUACUGCACGUCAGAAUAUAGCCCUUAGAGGACAUGAUGAAAAGUUAACUUCAAACAAUAGAGGUAAUUUUUUAGAAUUAGUAGAGCUUCUUAGUCAUCAUAAUGCUGUUUUAAAAAUACACUUAGAUAAAUUAAAAAAAAAAAAAAUUAAUAGACUUACUUUUUUAUCACAAUUAAGUCAAAAUAAAAUUCUUAACAUUUUGGGUGAAUUAGUAAGAUGCUCAAUUUUAACUAGAAUUAAAAAAGCUGGAUUGUUAUCAGUCAUUAUUGAUACAACCACUGAUGUCGCAAAUAUUGAACAGUUUUCAUUUAUUAUAAGAUUUGUUAAUAUACAUGGUGCGAUUGAAGAAAGGCUUGUAGCAUUAGAGGCUGCAGCUGAUGGGACUGGAAAAGGAUUGUAUGAAAAGUUUUGUGAAAUAACAGAGAAACAUAACAUUGAUUGGAAGAAAAACUUAUGUGCGCAGGCGUACGAUGGUGCUGCUGCAAUGCAAGGAACUUAUUCAGGGUUACGUACAUUUAUUCAACGCGAAAACUCAAAGGCGAUAUAUGUAUGGUGCUUUGCACACUUAUUAAAUCUAGUUGUGGUUGAUACCUGUGACUCUUGUAGUGACACAAAAAAUUUUUUUGGUCACUUGCAAUCAGUGAUUGAAUUCAUGAGGGCUAGGAAAAGAACCGCUGUGUUUAUUGAUUGUCAACGUGAUUUAUAUCCAGAAGAACGGAUUUGUCGUAUGAAAAGUUUUUCUAAUACGAGAUGGACAUCUCACGAUCGUGUAAUUAAUGUUGUAUACAAACGAUUUAAAGCAUUAUUAAAAUCAUUAAUUAUUUUGGAAUCAUUCAAUGAUAGAGUAACGUCUUCAAAUGCUAGUAUAUUUAAAAAUAUUUGUUCAACAUUUAGUUUUGUUGUAACAUUAAUUUUUAUGAAAAAAGUUUUUUCGGUCACCACACCACUAUCCAACUAUUUACAGUCAAAAUCACUGGACUUUAUUGAGGCAUUAAGACUUGUGAAUAACGCAAAAGAAAAUUUACUAUUAAUGCGCUCUGACAUCAAAUAUGAACAAAUUAUAAAUGAAGCCAAACAAUUUUGUGAAGAACAUGAUCUGCCUGAAAAGGACUUUAAAACUAUUAGAUCGAAAAAACGGAAGAGGCAAAUUGAUGAAGAUGAAAAUACAAAUGAAGUAAAUUUAAAUUCACCAUUUGAAAAAUAUAAAAUAAACACAUAUUUUAUGGCUUUGGAUAAAAUAACAACAUCAUUUAUAUCACGAUUCAGUGGGGCUCAAAAUAUUUUAAAAGACUUAGCUUUACUGUCACCUGAGCGUCUAAUUGAAUUUGGAAAAGAUCCCGAGCAAGAGUUACCAAACAAUUGCUUUAAUUAUGUUGCAGAAUGGAUAGAUGGUAUAUCAUUAGAAAAUUUAAAAAAUGAAUACAAAGUGUUUAGUACUAGUGUAGUAUCUUUGCAUGAUGGAAAUAAAUUUCCGGCCAAUCUUCACAACACAAGCAUUAUUGAUGAAACAACAUCAGAAUUAAACCAAGAAACCUUACAAACCAGUGAAUCAGAAAUUGACCAUGAAGAAAGCGAAGCAAUAUGUUACAACAAUACUAUUACUGUAUCCAGUAUUUUACAUGUUUUAACAAGUUUUGAUUUGGUAUCUGCGUUCCCAAACUUAUAUCUGGCUUACAAGGCAUUAGGAACAGUACCAGCAUCUUCAGCGUCAGCCGAACGAAGCUUUUCUAAGGUAAAAUUAGUAAAGACGAGACUACGUUCAACAAUGGGUGAAGAACGACUUGAAAGUCUCAUUCUUUUAAGUUGUGAAAAGGAUAUAGAUAUAAAUAUUGAAGAAGCAAUAAACAGAUUUGGUUGUUCUUCGGAUUUACUAAAAUCACACCUUAUGUUUAAAUAAAUAGUAAUUUCAUAAUUUAGUUGAGUUAUUUACU